AUGUCGAUCGUUGAGAUGAGCAGAGCCCAACAGAUAGGUGCUCUGCUAUGGAAGGAGGCCGUCAAGCAACACAAUGACUGUCUUGAAAAAGGGGUUGGGGACAAGAGAUUCAUCAACAUCGAAGACACUCCAUUUGAUGAGAUAGACGUCAACUCUCUUGCAGUUACUGCAUACCGGGUAUCCAAUGGUUUGAACAAGGAACAAGGCCCAUUUGGUACCACUCUUUGGAGGAUACUUCGGUUACUCGAUGGGCAUGCCAGUAUUAUUGAUAUCUUUACCCAAUUCAAUCCCCAAAUGGGUAAUUGGGUCUUGGGAUCGGUGAAGAAGCUUCUUAAGAUUAUCGAAGAGACGGAAAAGGCUUGCUCCAUUGCCGGAGAAGGGAUUGUUUGGAUAUUGGUUCACCUAGGCCGCUGGGAGCAGACAGCAAAGAUCUAUGGUUUGCUAAACUCGGAUCCUGUGAGGAAGUCAAUAGUUUUGCUGUACACUAAGAUCCUAGACUUUUUGACAUCAGCAACUCAAUGGCUCGAACAGAGCAAGAUAUCCAAGAUAGCAGCGAACGUUUUCAAAGCCAAGGGAGAUGAGUUUCAGCAAAAGGUCAAAAAAUUAAACGAGGCAUCUGAUUUAGUUGAUAAGGAAAUCAACACCCGGGUGCUGGAAAUAUUUCAAGUAAUGAAAACAGAUGUUUGCCGGAUACUAGAAAAUACUGAUCGGGACAUUGUCAUUACCCAGCGGCUGGAAGAAAGAAUAAUAACAAUGCAAAAUCAGUUAUCGUACAUGGCUAAGGAUACUGAGACAUCUAAACAAGCUUUGGCAGAAACGAUGCAUUUACCACAAUCAAGGAAAUGGCUUCUAAAAGGAGUAACUGAAGUUUCCCCUGCUCAGUCACAAGUGAAGGGCACCUGCGAAUGGCUGCCUCAGCAUCCUGUGUUCUCCAAAUGGCUUUCUAGACCGAAUCCUCCAGUUCUAUGGGUUGAAGGUUUACCAGGCCGUGGGAAAACUACAAUGGCUCAUUACCUCCGACAAUUUCUACAUGAAUCGGGAAGAAAGACAAUAUUCUACGGAUUCCGUCGAUCUGGGUUAGCAUCAAAAUACACAAUCAUUUCGGCCCUCUCGUCUAUCAUGGUACAGAUCCUUGGAACAUCUGUGAACAUGGAGCCAUCUGUUUCAAGGCCCGUAACCAAGCUCGCUAACCGUCACCCUUCAGGGCCACAAGAAUGUUCCUUUGAAGAGCUUUUAGGCGCAACGCAGCACCUCUUACAGAAUGAACGAGGUUGCAUUCUGAUCUUAGACGCCCUGGAUGAAUGCUUGAUCAAGGAUGACUCUUCCCAAGUUCGCGCUAGAGAGUUUGUUCAGGUUUUGGAUAACGCUUUAUCUAAGUCUGGGGGAAGAGUUGUUGUCUUUUCCAGACCUGAGCCGCAGUUUAUUGAUAUUAUGAACUCCGCACUGGUGAUUCAACUAUCAUCCGAGUUGGUACUGGCCGAUAUCAUCAAAUUUUCGCAUUCGGAAUACCAGCAACUGGGUUUGUUUGCCGCGGAAGAGGCUUCUACCAUGGAACAUGUUAAACUCUACUCACAAGGGUCAUUUUGGUGGGCUAAGCUAUUUCUCGAACACCUUGACAAGGCACCAGAUCUGACUAGCUUCCGUCGGCGGCUUCAUCGUCCAAUCCGAACCGUUGAGAAAUUUUACUCAGAAGGGUUGAAAGAGGUUUCUCGGGGAAUCGACGAAGACGUGAAGAAUUGCCAGAAGAACAUCUUCACCAUCAUGCUUCACGCCCAGAGAGUUCUCAGCGUACUGGAGCUCAGGGAUGCAUUGGGACUUCCGGAAAACCGAGCUGGCGACAUCAUUUCUCGUAUAUGCCGACCUAUUAUCUCAGUACAGGGAGACUGUGUUCAAUUCUCUCACCCCUCUGCUAGAGAGUUCAUCGAGUCCAGACAAUCAGCCACAGAAGUUCUAUCACUUGGCUAUUCAAUUUCCGAUCCUCACAGCACUAUCGCCGAGUUUUGUAUGGAUGUGCUUCAAAGACAAGAACAUGCAGAGUUGCAAGGGAUUUUAACUUACUUGAAAAGAAACCACGAUCCUUCCGGGGACUCAGUUGAUUUAGUCCUCGGCACCGGCCAAGACUUCUACAACUAUGCCGCCAAAUAUUGGCACGUGCAUCUUUGCAAGGCAGAGCAGCCAAGCGACCAGCUCAUAGCUGCUGUCAGGAAAUUCUUGUUUGGUUUACAAUUCACCCACUGGUGCGAGUACAGUACAACCGCUUUCGGGGCGUUGAUAGGGGUCACAGGUCCUCUAGAUCGAUUGAAGAUGUGGAAGCAACAACUUUCAAGCCGUCAGCGUACCUGGCUAGAUUUAGAGCAUUGCUACGAGUCUUCAUACUCGCAACUAGUGGAAGCCUGCAAAACUUCAGCGCCAUUCCACCAAUGCCUCGCUCGUAUUAGUCUCUGUGGGCACUACCUGCAUCUUGGAUUGAUACGGGAGCACGAUUAUCUUCUUGGCAUUAUUUCCUCGUUCUUGAAGAAGAACUUACCCCUUAAUCAUCCAGUUGUAUUGAGGAACAAAUCGACUAUCGCUUUUUCAUUCCUCCGGACUGGUAAAAUGCAAGAAGCCCUUGAUAUAUACUCUGCGCUUAUGCCACUGCAGAAGGAAAUCUUCGGGGAGCAGAGCAUACAGUUCAUCAAUGCCCAACAUUACUGCGGUGAAAGCCAGUACUUCAUGGCAAAUCUUGAAGCCUCAUUGGUAAUAUUCAAUUCAACAGUGAAAGGGUUUUUGAACACGCAGGGUCCCGACAGCUGGUCAUACAUUGCUGCUAAGCUAUGGUAUGGGCGGAGUUUGGCACAACUUGGUGAUGUCGAAUCUGCAUUGCGGAUAUGGAAGGAUUGCUUGCAGAAACGGCUCGAGGACGAGGGGCCACACGAUGAGUUUGCCAUCAAUAUUCGGAUAGGAUUGGCAGACUUGCUCAUGUUCGUGGAUCGAUCGAAGGAGGCGUUCUUGCUUGUGGAGGAGAGCCUUCCCGUCAUUCGCGCAUCUCGUUCGCUGACUGACAUAUCGAGAUUGGACGCGGAAAUUCUCUUAGCCAAGAUAUACCAUAAGCUUGGUAUGGGAGAUCACGCCUGGAAGAGCGUUGAAGAGUUGGAACGAAAUGGGUGUCUUGCCUCCCAUUUUCAGCGAUCUUGUCAAGUGUCACACUUAAAGGGGCUUCUCUUGGCCGCGGGUGGUUCAUAUGCCGAGGGUAUGGCCACGCUCAUGGGGGUCUUGAUUCAAACUGAGCCAGAGCAGAAUAACUUAUGUCUUUUGUGGAUGCGUCUGGAUUUGGCUGAUAUGAUCAGGCGUAGGGGGCCGGAAAGGGAUAAGAACACGGCAGCUAUCCUCUUUGACAAAAUCGUCAGAGACCUAUCACAGCCUCGUGACCACCCGGUUCGUGAGGAGCCUGAUUCCCCGCGGCUAUUGAAGGCAGCGGAGGAAGCGUUGAGAUACACAAGAUCGAAACAAUACGCCAUGGCGAAGGAGGUGCUAGCGCGUGAAGAGGUUGAGUGGAUGCGCCCAAGUGACCUCUGGAUGUGGUAUACAGAACAACUGGUUUUCGUAUAG